ACUUAAAAAAAUGGAAGAAGUUGAGCACGCUUCAAUCCAAAUUGAAUUUUGUUGUUUUAGCGUUUAAUUUAAGACGAUUUCGAUUCGCUAUUGAACAGAAAUGAAACUAAUGGACGAUUUCGACCGAAUCAGGUUACUGAUAAAUAUUUUUAUGACGCACAAUUUAAGCAAAACGGACAAAUCGGUAAAUCUACACAAGUUCGUCCGGGACGUUCAGGAUACUUUUAAAACUAAAGGCUUCGUUUUCUCGGAGAAGGAAAUUUUAUUAACAUGGAAAAAACUGCUCGAGGAAUAUUACUAUUACAAGGAGAAUUACUCCACCGAAGACGCGAAGCAGGCUUGGAACUUGUUCGAAUUAAUGGAUAAUUGUUUUGAUCGAAAAGACACCGAGAAAUUCAACUCGGACCUAACAUUUUUCCUCAUCGAUUGCAUGACUAAUUACAGAAACAUUCUGGCCAAGCAAGGACUCACGCAAGAGGUCCUGGAAGCCGUUGAAAAAGAAUUCAAAAUACUUGGAAACAACGACAUCAACCAAUUGGAUAUUUACAAUCAAUGGGAGUUCUUGAAGCAAUGUUACCGAGAGAAGAAACUCCUCAUGAAGACAGGUUGCAUGGACCGAGGCUUCGACGACUAUUUCGAGGCCAUGAGACUGUUCUACCAAAGCCCCGAAUUUGUUCUCUACAAGAAAUAUCACACGCCGUUAAAAAGGAGAAUCCAAAGUAACGAUGAAAACGAAAACAAAUUCAGAAGAACCGAGGAAACUGUGGCAUUUAAUUCAGCCAUGAGAUACACUCUCCUCAAUUGCAUCAAGAAUAAAAAAAGCGAAUUGGGCUUCAACAAAGAAUUAACUCCCGCUCUUUUGAAUUACAUCAUCGAGGAAUUUAAAAAAUACGAUUGCCAUUUAUCAUCAGAUACUAUUUGCAACGAGUGGAACGAUUUGUAUUACAGGUACGAGUUACUUAAGUCCAGUGAAAAUCCAUACCAUUGGAAAUAUUUCAACGAUGUCAAUGAUAUUUGCCAUUCUUCAGAGUCCGUUGUGGUGGAAAGCAUCGAGACCAACCCGGUGACAGAAAUCGACGAAAACAUCCUCGAUAAAUACUCGAAAAAGUUCACAGAUAUGCCGGAACUGAGGGAUCUAAUGUUGGAAAACAACCUUUCAGGCGAAGAAGUUAACUAUUUGCUCGACAUGAACGAAACUUGAGGUUUUUUUGACAUCUGAAAAUUGUACAAGAACGUGUUUUGUCAAUUUUUACUUAUUUCGUACAAAAUGCCAAGUGUUCGUUAAAUCUUGUACAUUAAUUUGGGAAGAUAGCGUAACUUACUGUUAUAUUUUGCUACAUAACAUGUGAUAGAAGAAAAGUAGAUUAGUUUUGUUAAUGUAGUUAAAGUUCGAAUUUGAAUUUCAUAGGGCAGAGCCCGUUUUGUUACCACGUUACAAUGAAUAAAUUAACAAAAA